UUCCAAAAAAAAAAAAAAAGAAAGAAAGAAAAAAUUUCGAGAGACAUUUUACCUUCCCGAUAGACGCGGAAGCAGUUACGCUCCCGGUCCAAAGUUCUAACUAACUCGAGCUAUCCUAACCCUAAGAGCUCGAGCCUCCGAUCUAAACGGAGGUCCCAAGAUCCUCCUAACCUUACUUCUGAGCACCAACACAACAGCUACAAUGGAAGAACUCACCAGCUUCCUGACAUCUAUUGGCGAAGAGGUUGAAGAUGCCGAAGAGGAAUGCUUCCUUCUCUUCGCGCAAGACAUUCCCUCGGCCAAUCUAGGCUUCGUCGAUUCACGAGCAACGUCUGUCGAUGUAACCAUCCACGGACAAGACUAUACCAUUAACCAAUCUCCGACGCUGUUGUCGUCGUCGCGCGCGGGCGGCACGACUGGCGCAGUCCUCUGGAAAAUCACCCCCCUCUUCGCAGAAUGGAUAACAACGCAAUCCAACCCGCUGUGGACCAACACGAUCCUCGCCCCAACCUCGACGGCCCUCGAACUCGGCUGCGGCAUCUCCGGCCUAAUAGCCCUGGCCCUCUCCCCCACCAUCACGCACUACAUCGCCACCGACCAAGAAUACGUGCAUCGUCUGCUGCGGUCCAAUCUCGAGUCCAACGCCCCGAAGCACUCACACCCCAAGUCCAAGGCUAGCAACCGCAAAUCCAGUAAACAGGGCACCACCACCACCACCACCACCACCAACAAGACAUCACAAAAGUCCACCACAAACAUCACCUUCACCACCCUGGACUGGGAAACGGAUGAUCCGGCCGCGCUGAAGGAUAGUAUCCCGACUAGUGACGGGGACGCGGAUCGCGGGUUUGAUGUGCUGAUUUCCUGUGAUUGUAUCUAUAACGAGGCGUUGAUUGCGCCGUUUGUGCGCACGUGUGCGGAUGUGUGUCGGCUGAGGGCGGUGUAUGCUCCUGGGGGGCAGUUGCGGGAGGGGGAGAAGAGGCCGACGGUUUGUGUGAUUGCGCAGCAGCAGCGGUCACCCGAGGUGUUUGAGGCUUGGUUGAGGGAGACGAUGAGGGCGUUUCGGGUUUGGAGGGUGAGUGAUGAGGUGUUGGGGAGGAAGUUGGCGUCUGGGUCGGGGUAUUUGGUGCAUGUGUUGGUGUUGAAGGGUGGAGAGGUGUGAGAUUGGAUCAGGGAGGCGAGGUGAGAUGCGGUAGAGGGGGGUGUCGGUCAUGGUUGCGAGGUGGAUAGGGUCUGGAGGUGAGGGCUGG